GCAGACUCCAGUGCGACAGAACCGUACAGUCUGACGUAAAAUCGUGAAGUAGUGUAUAUUGAAGAAGGCUUACUUGGUUACUAUAACUAUCGUCUAAGAUCAAGAUGGCAAGUAAGAUGGCAAGUGACGAGUUAGACGAAGAAUUUCUGACGUGUCAAGUCUGUAUGCUGCACUUCCGGGACCCUAAAAUCCUGCCAUGUCUGCACACAUUUUGUAAGGUAUGUCUCGAAGAAUGGGCGACAAAACAACAGCCGCUGGAGUGUUCAAUCUGCCGCAUACCGGUCAGUCUACUAGAACAGGGUGUGGACGGACUCAAGACCAACUUCUACGUCAACAACCUGUUGGAUUUCGUGGCGGCGAAGAAAGGGGCGGAGCCAGGUGUGCCGUGCCAGGUGUGCGAGGGAAACGUGGAGGGGUCGAAGUCGUGGUGUGCAGAUUGUGGCGUGUUACUGUGCGAGUCUUGUACUGCCAUGCACCGCAAGAUUCCUGGUACAAGAGACCAUGAACUGGUUCCACAAGACGUCAUGACGGCAAAAGAUGGAGCGGAUAGAUUUCAGCGCAAACGGCACUGCGACAAGCACAAGAACCAAGAACUUGUGUUCUACUGUGAGAGCUGUAAUGCUUUGGUUUGUACAGCGUGUACCGUAAUCGACCACCGACCGGGCAAAGAUCACAAUCCGGUAGAAAUCACCACCAUCGCUCAGAAGAAGAAAGAAAAGCUACAAGAGCUGCUACAAGACAUGGACCCACGUCUGAAGGAAGUACAAGCGUCUAUCGACGAAGUUGACAAGAACAUGUCAAAGUUAAUCCCUUCAAAAGAGGAAGCCACAACUCAAGCUAAAGCAUAUUUCCGCCAACUUGCUGACCUUCUGGAAAAACGUGAAGAGGAGAUUUUGAGGCAGAUUGACGAACAGUGCCGAGCCGACGGCAAGGCUCUACAGGCAAAGAAGGAAGCGAUAGAAUUUGAGUUGGCCGGACUGACGAGCGCACAAACGUUCUGUCAACAAGCUGUGGAACACGGAAGUGACGUGCACGUUUUGGAAGUGGGAAACCAGGUCCAAACAAGGGUAGAAAGUCUGCUGGCAAAAGAACUGGACUUGGAGUCCAACUGGAACGAGUUUCAGUUCAUAGAGAGCACGUCCGUCGCAGACUUUGCGGAAAAGGUUAAAAACCUUGGUGAUUUAGGUUCAGUCAUCGACGUUACGAAGUGCCAAGUUGUUGUAAAGCCAGCAGUCGAGGGGUUUCAGUGUAUCGCUGUACUGACGACAUUGAACCAAAUUGGACGUCCGUCUGUCACAGAAAGUAUUGCUGCCAAAGCCAACAUGAAGGACCCGUCUGGAGCAAGCCUACAGACGCAACUACAAAUGACGAGCGGGGCCGUGUGGGAAAUCUCGUACGUACCCAAGGUCACGGGCAACCACAGGUUAGAGGUCAAGGUUAACUCGAAAGAGGUGGCAGGAAGUCCGUUUGACAUUGAAGUGCAGAGUAGGCACACACCUGUGUUAACUAUGGGACAGCAGGGUAGUGGGGUGGGGGAGCUGGACAUGCCGGCAGGGGUCGUGGUUGAUCAAGACGGCAACAUCGCUGUGGUGGAACAGCGGAACAAGCGGGUUCAGAUAUUCGAUUUAAAUACGGGACACUCUUUGCGCACAUUCCCAGUUGAAGGCAAGUUGCCAUACGAUAUUGAUGUGGACUCUUAUGGAAGGUUUCUAGUGACGUCGUUCGGCAACAAUUACAGAGUAAGAUGUUACUCAAAGGAAGGCAAACUUCUGAACACAUUCAGUCCUGGCUGCAUGAAACAGCCACUUGGGAUAACAGUACUGAAGGACGGUCGAAUGGUGGUGGCAGAUAUCUCUGAACAAUCCUGCUUCCUCCUGCAGUAUGAUGGGAGUCUCAUCCGAGAGAUCGGCAAGGGGAAGCUGCAGAAACCACGGUUCACAGCAGUGGAUGAGUCACGUGGCAUGAUUUUUGUCACCGACUACACUUUUAACAAAGUGUUUGUGUUUGACCUUGAGGGGGAAUUCAAGUUCAGUUUCGGUGAGAAGGGUGAGGGCGAGGGACAGUUCCGAAGUCCAAUGGGUAUAACGCUAGACCGGGCAGGUAACAUCAUUGUAGUGAACUAUGAAAGUGGCCGUGUACAGGUGUUCAGGCCUGACGGGACGUUCAUACGGACUGUGAUGACAGUUAAAGGUAAAUGUCCUCACGGAAUAACACUCACACCUGACGGCUACAUAGCAGUAGCUUGUUCCAAGGGACAGUGUAUAGAGAUGUACAGGUACAACUGAUAAGUACACGUACGUCCAUGAUGUUUACAAGAUACGACAAGUGGGGUCGUGUGGCGUAGCGACAGAGUGCUCGACUCGGAACUAAGAGGUCCCGGGUUCGAGUCCUAACAUGCCAUCGAUCUUGUG